AUGCCUCCAAAGAAACCAGCUCAAGCUGCCGCCGGUAGUAAAAAAAAAACACAAGAAAAGAAGAAGGAAAAGAUAAUUGAGGACAAGACAUUUGGUUUGAAGAACAAAAAGGGAGGAAAACAACAGAAAUGUAUCAAGAAUGUCUCUCAGCAAGUCAAGCAAGUUCCUGGUAGUAAGGUUGGUGCAGAAGUGGUCAAGAACAAAAAGGGUGACAAGAAGAAAGAGUUAGAUGAGCUGAACGAGCUUUUCAAGCCAGUGGUGGCUGCUCAGAAAGUCGCUAAAGGGGUGGACCCAAAGUCAGUUCUCUGUGCCUUCUUCAAGCAAGGCCAAUGCACCAAGGGAGACAAGUGCAAGUUCUCCCACGAUUUGACACUCGAGAGGAAGUGUGAGAAACGGAGCCUCUAUGUUGACAAGAGAGAUGACGAGCUUGAGAAAGAUACCAUGGAUAAUUGGGAUGAGAAGAAGCUGGAGGAGAUAGUGAACCAGAAGCACGGAGAAGCUGGAGGAGGUAGUGAACCAGAAGCACAGAGAAGCUGGAGGAGGUAGUGAACCAGAAGCAUGGAGAAGCUGGAGGAGGUAGUGAACCAGAAGCACAGAGAAGCUGGAGGAGGUAGUGAACCAGAAGCACGGAGAAGCUGGAGGAGGUAGUGAACCAGAAGCACGGAGAAGCUGGAGGAGGUAGUGAACCAGAAGCACGGAAAAGCUGGAGGAAGUAGUGAACCAGAAGCACGGAGAAGCUGGAGGAGGUAGUGAACCAGAAGCACGGAGAAGCUGGAGGAGGUAGUGAACCAGAAGCACGGAGAAGCUGGAGGAGGUAGUGAAACCAGAAGCACGGAGAAGCUGGAGGAGGUAGUAACCAUAAGCACGGAGAAGCUGGAGGAGGUAGUGAACCAGAAGCACGGAGAAGCUGGAGGAGGUAGUGAACCAGAAGCCGGAGAAGCUGGAGGAGGUAGGAACCAGAAGCACGGAGAAGCUGGAGGAGGUUAGUGAACCAGAAGCACGGAGAAGCUGGAGGAGGUAGUGAACCAUAAGCAAGGAGAAGCUGGUGGAGGAAGUGAACCAAAGCCACGGAGAAAGCUGGAGGAGGUAGUGAACCAGAAGCACGGAGAAGCUGGAGGAGGUAGUGAACCAGAAGCAAGGAGAAGCUGGUGGAGGUAGUGAACCAGAAGCACGGAGAAGCUGGAGGAGGUAGUGAACCAGAAGCACGGAGAAGCUGGAGGAGGUAGUGAACCAGAAGCACGUAGAAGCUGAAAAGAAGAAAGCUCAAAGCUCAAAAACUCAAAUUGUUUGCAAGCAUUUCCUUGAUGCCAUUGAAAACAACAAAUAUGGUUGGUUUUGGGUAUGUCAAGGUGGAGCUGACACUUGUAUGUACCGCCAUGCAUUGCCUGCUGGGUUUGUGCUCAAGAUAGACAAGAAAAAGGACGAAAAGGAAGAUGAAAGCUCAAUGGAAGAGUUGAUAGAGAAUGAGCGAUCUGCCCUCGGACCAAAUGUCACUCGAAUAACUCUGGAGACCUUGGCCUGGAAAAAGAGGAAAAGGCAAGAGAAAGUGGCCAAGGCAGAGCAAGACAUGGAGAAAAAGAAGGCUGAUUUCAAUGCUGGCAGGUCCUUUGGGGUUAGCGGCCGUCAAGUAUUUGAGUUCUGCCCUGAUCUGGCUGAUGAUGACAAUGAGGAAGCUGAUGACAUAAAAUAUGUUGAGGACGAUGAUGACGUUGAAGAGGUUGAAGAUGUUCAGGAGUUCCAGGACAUCGAUCUAGCCAGGUUUGUUCUAAAGGAAGUUGACAACACCGGAAUAACUGUUGCUGCAGUUGACAGAUUCACAGCCAAAUCGAAGCCAACAAAGGAAAUGAAUGAUGACCAGCUGAACGGGGCUUGCGGAGGUGUGGAGGAGAACGGGCACGACGGGGAAGAGGAGACUCUCGAUGACAAGGAAGCAGAGGCCGUGCCU